AUGCCAACCUCUGCACGUGAAACCAUCGGCCGGCGACGCGACUCGGACAGCGCCGACGAACGCACCCUGAUCGACCCGCUCUCCGACGACGAGCGCUAUGGCUCCGAGGUGUCCGACGGCGACUACGAUCACGACAUUCUAGAGUCGGAAGAUGAGAGAGAGCGGCUAUUGACGCAGAAGAAUGGGCUGGGUGCCAUGUUCAAUAAGAAGGGCGUGCGGAUAGGGAGCAAGGAUCGCAAUGCGCCGACGAAGAAGAGGGGUAAGAGAGGACACAAUGACGAGUCGAGCGCGCUCAUGUACGAAAUGGAAGAAGGUGUUGGCAUAUCGACUCCCACGCUGGACCGGAGCUCGACCGAGAGCGAUGAGAGGAGGCUGAAGGCUGCGGGCGCGCAUAGACAGAAGACCAGGAGAAAACGCACAUGGCGCCGUGUAGGAAUAUAUGGAGGAAUUGUAGGCUUGUUCUUCGUCCUCCUUUUCGCCGCAUACCGAGCCUCGAAAUCAGAGCACCCGAAGAACGCUGCGGCCAUGCUGUCCAAUGGCACGCACCUCUUCGCUCCCACGACGAUUCUCAUAUCCCUCGACGGCUUCCGUGCAGACUUCCUCUACCGCGGGCUGACCCCUACACUGAACAAGUUCGUUGCAGAGGGCAUCUCGCCCAAGUACAUGCGCCCCAGCUUUCCCAGCGUUACGUUCCCGAAUCACUUUACGCUGGCGACGGGCCUGUACCCUGAAGCGCACGGCGUCGUGGGCAACACCUUCUGGGACGAAGAGCUGCAGAAGGAGUUCUACUACACGGAUCCAGAGCGGUCUCUCCAGCCAUACUGGUGGGGUGGUGAGCCUAUCUGGCGCACGGCUGAGCGACAGCAUGUCCGGGUUGCGGUGCACAUGUGGCCUGGGUCAGAAGUUCACUCGAAUGAAUUCCAUCCCGCCUAUGUCGACAAGUACAACGGCUCGGAAGCUCUGCCUAGAAAGGUUAACCGCGUCAUGGAGCUCCUUGACCUCCCUGGUCCAAUGGACGUAGGCGCGCUAUCGGACAAGCCGCGACCUCAGCUCAUCGCAGCAUAUGUUCCAAACGUGGACAGCGAUGGGCACAAGUACGGGCCCAACAGUACGGAAAUCCGGCAGACUAUCAACGAUGCAGACACGAUGGUUGGCGACAUCCUCAAAGGCCUCGAAGAGCGCAAUCUCACAGACAUCGUAAAUGUAGUAGUCGUCUCCGACCAUGGCAUGGCCACAACCGACACCUCGCGCCUCAUCCAGCUCGAAGACCUCGUCGACCCGACCGAAAUCGAGCACAUCGAUGGCUGGCCACACUUCGGCCUGCGCCCGAAGAAACUCAGCGACCUCGAGCGUCUGCACAAGCAGAUCGUUGACCGCGCGCAAAACAUGACCGGCCUCGAAGUCUACCUCCGCGACAAAGACAUGCCGGAGCGCUACCACUUCAGCCAGAACGAGCGCAUCGCCCCGCUGUGGAUCAUUCCCAAAGCGGGCUGGGCCGUCAUCGCCAAAGCCGACGGCGACGUCCAGGAGAUGUUGAAGAACGGCGACGCGUACCACCCCCGCGGUGUGCACGGGUACGACCACGAGCAUCCGCUCAUGCGCGCGAUUUUCAUUGCGCGGGGCCCUGCGUUUCCGCAUACGCCGAACAGCCGGGUGGAACCUUUUCAAAACAUCGAGGUCUACAACAUCGUCUGCGACUCCAUUGGCAUCACGCCCCUCGCGAACAAUGGCACGCUGCGCCUCCCGCUGAAGCCCGUGGGCUUGCACUCCGACGAGGAUAACCUCCCGGACGAGACGCCCGCUGAUCCCGUCCCUGUCUCCGCCUCCCCGUCUCCGUCUCCUUCAUCUUCUUUGUCGCCAUCGCCCAGCGCAGCCGCUAUUGAGAUACAUGUUGACCCGCCCAGCUCCACAUCGCCCGCACAAACCAGCAAAGCGGCUGCGCCAACAUCCAGCGCUGCGCCAACUGGCACACACGCGCCAGAGACCUGGUGGCAGGGGCUGACGCACCUUGCGGAAGGGGCGGAGGAGUGGGUUGAUAAUUUCUUGAAGGACCACUUUACGGGGCUGGAGAACGGGAAGGAAGGCAAGGAGAAUGAGCGGCCGAAGGAGCAUCAGUAA